AUGGGUUGGUUUUUCUUUAGCAGUAAAAAAGAAUUCAAUCCUUUGACCUUUGAAAAAGAAUUGGAUGAAAUCAAUAAGAAAAUUGUUAAAAAUGAGAAAUUUUUAGUUCAGUUUAGGAAAAGUUUUUUUAAAUACAAAAAAUUAUUCAAUUUUUAUACUAUUAUUGGAUAUUUAUUAUACCUUAUAUAUUCAAUAGUCUUAAAAAACGUAAAUCCAAAUAUUCAUAUUCAUUUAUUGAUAAUAUUAUUAACGCCAGUAAUUAUUUACACUAUAAAUUUAUUACUAAAUUACUACUAUAAUAGAAGAAUCGUAUCUAUUUUAAAAUAUAUCAAAAGACUAAGAUUUCAGCACGAUUCAAAAAUCAGAGAAUUGAAGGAAAAGACAAAUUUUCUUAAAACAAAGAGAUUAUUGAAAAAAUAUAAUUUGGUGGAUCAAAUUGAACAAAAAAUUAAACAAAAACAAGAAUUGAAAAAGAGAAAACAAUUCUUAAAAGAAAAAUAUAACAUAGAUCUGCUUAUUCCUGCCAAUUCUCCAUUAUACAAUUCAAUUUCUAACGAAAACAAUAAGUCAAACAACGGAAGUUGGUAUGAUUCAAUUUUUGGCAUUUUGAUUGGCUCUGAUGAGGUCCCUAAUGAAAACCGUUACGCUUUGAUUUGUCUGAAAUGUUUUCAACACAAUGGAUUGGGCACUCCAGGAAAACUACCUCAUGAAAUCACAUAUGUUUGUCCCAAAUGUGGAUUUCUAAACAAUAAAAAUAACAUUCAAAACAACGCGCAGCUUAAAAACGGUGGCAAUACCGAUUUUAAUAUGAACAAUUCGAGUCUUGGUGAAAGCAGCAAUUCCAAUCUCAUAACUCCCAGCCAUUUAAGAAACGACAGCAUAAGCAGCAUAGGAAGCACACCAAGCGUCCUCAACCCAGCAUUAUUUAGCGACCAGGCUUUCAAGCAAAGCCUAAGUCGCUCUCAACCAUUGCAAUCACAAACACCUAAAAACCAAGAUCAAUCAACUCCAUCAACGUCUUCAGCUGCAAAGCCUUAA